AUGCUGUCCGUCCGCGCUCGGCUAUGUGUGAUGAUGUUCCUCCAGUAUUUCGUCUGGGGAGCGUGGGGCGUGGCACUCGGCGGCUACAUGGGGGCCACCUUAGGUUUCACCGGUGAUCAGAUCGGUUGGGUCUAUUCAUCAACCGCCAUCGGAGCAAUGCUCUCCCCACUGUUCAUGGGCUAUGUGGCCGACCGCCUGCUGGCCACCGAGAAACUACUGGGCUUUCUGCAUCUGCUUGGUGGUGGGCUGCUGCUGUACGCCGCGAUGAGCCCUGAGUUCUCGGUUCUCUUCGGUGUGAUGGUGGCCUACGCCGUCUGCUUCAUGCCGACGUUGGCCCUCAGCAAUUCGAUCAGUUUCGAAAACAUUGGCGACCCGGAACAAGAAUUCCCGCUGAUUCGCGUCUUCGGCACCAUCGGCUGGAUCGUCGCCGGGGCCGUGGUGGGUUUUCUGCUCGACGGGAUUAGCAACCAACCGCUGUAUCUGGCAGCCAUCACGAGUUUCGCCCUGGGGGCAUUCUGUUUCGUCCUUCCGCACACACCGCCGAAAGGCAAAUCAGCCGAACCGCUCGAAGGUCGCAGCUCGAUGGUCACGCUGCUGGCCGACCCUUCGUUCCUUGUGUUCGUGCUGGCCUCGUUCCUAAUCUGCAUCCCGCUAGCCUUCUACUACAGCCUGGCUAACAUCUUCCUCGUGCAAAUCGAUGCCUGGAACCCGACGUUCCUGCAAACCUUCGGCCAGAUGUCAGAAGUAAUCUUCAUGGCCGCCAUGCCAAUCUUCAUCAUGCGACUGGGCGUGAAGAAGAUGCUGGCCCUGGGCAUGCUGGCCUGGGUUGUGCGUUACUUCCUGUUCGCCUCGUUGUCGCUGCCGUUAAUCUUCGCCGGUAUCCUGCUGCACGGUAUCUGCUACGACUUCUUCUUCGUGGCCAGCCAGAUCUACGUCGACAAGAAGGCCGACAUUUCACAACGGGCCAGCGCACAAAGUUUCAUCGCGUUUAUCACGCUGGGGCUUGGUAUGUUCGUAGGUGCCAAGGUCGCCGGCUACACGAUGGACCACUUCUCGCCACCCACCGUGGCCGUUGAAAGUGCCGAAGGCGCCGAGCAAAUGCCGCUGCCGGCCUGGGCCGCCGGAACCGACACCGGACUCGCGGCCCACGUGGACCUUAACGACGAAGGCAAGUUCAACGUCGAUCAACUUCCCGAAACCUUCACUGUCGAAACCGAAAACGGAGCGAUCACCUACCCUCGCGACUCGCUGGUGAAAGCCUUCGAAAUUGCAGACGCUUCCGGUACCGGCUACGUCACCCCCGCCGAAUGGCAACAUGCCCGCAAUAACGACUGGCCCCAGAUUUGGUACUGGCCCGGCGUCGGGGCCGGCAUCACGCUGCUCUUCUUCUGGUUCGGCUUCCGCGACAAGGUCGAUGCCACCGCGCGAGAGGCGAUGGCCGAAGAAGCGGUGCUCGGAGCGGGCGAAGGCCCCGAGCCGUGGCUGAGCUACGCUUGGCAUGUGCCAUGCAUGCUGCGUGGCAAGUCUCGGCCACCCUCGAUUGCGGAGUUUACUGUGUCGUCCUCGUCCCCGACGAACGGCUUUGCCGAUUUGAAACCACUUCAGGCGCGAGCAGUGCUCCUACUGACCCUGCUGGUUGUGGUCGCCUCGGUGGCGGUGAGCCUCUCUCCACUUAGAAGCGGCAAUGCCGACGGUCAACGCCGCGGGGCAGGGGAUGUGGCGCUCUACAACGCUAUCGUCUCCCGCGUGCAUGCCGGCGACGCAUACUAUUCGGCCGUGGCCGAUGAACUUCCAUUGCGCGGUUAUCCAACCCGAUCGGUCUUCAACUGGCGCACCCCACUGCCGAUGUGGCUGCUGGGGCGUCUGCCCGACCCGAGGCUGGGUCAGGCACUGCUUGCCUUACUGGCCAUCUCGGUCCUGAUGUGGGGAUUCGGCACGCUGGCAGACGAGUUCGGGCUCCGCGAGGCGAUCAUCGGCGGGCUGAUGCUAACCGGCGUGUUGCUGUUGUGCGUGGUCGGUAAUCUCUAUGUCAUGCCCGUGCUGUGGAGCGGGGUGUUCAUCGCCCUCUCAGCUUGCGGAUACGCUCGGGGAAACGCUCGAGUCGGAGUAUCCGCCGGCUUGCUGGCCGUCUUGUUUCGCGAACUGGCACUCCCCUACGCACUGCUCUGUGCAGCUAUCGCGCUGUGGAACCGUCGCUGGCGUGAGGUUGCCAUUUGGGCCGUCGCGUUUGUCGCGCUCGCGUCUCUGUACUCGCUGCAUAUGGCGACGGUACAUGAGUUGAUGCACGAUGACGCCGUGGCCCAUGAAAAGAGCUGGGUGCGAUUCGGCGGGUGGCCGUUCUUACUUUCCACCGCGCAGAUGAACGGCUACCUGUUGCUCUUGCCGCAGUGGGUUACCGCCAUCUACCUGCCGCUAGCCGUGCUCGGCUUCGCCUCGUGGCGAUCACCCGGUGGUACGCGAAUGACGUUGGCUGUUUGCGGAUACUUGAUUGCAUUCGCAAUCGGCCAUCGGUGA